AUGCGGAGAUUCAUUCCGAGGACAGUCUCAAACAUAAUUCACUUUCGAGGAGUGCCAAGACGAAGGAGCAUUGAAGAUCUAAACCGUAGUCUUGCGGAACAUAUAAACAAGGUCCAAGAUAUUGCACUGAGGGAAUCGUUGACAUUCCAUAAUGAAAGGAUCGCUAUUUUAAAUGCAGAUCCCAAAUCAAGAUUUUUCCUUUUAUGGUUCACCAUCUCAUGUUACUUUCCCGUCAUUACCGCAUGUUUAGGUCCCAUUGCCAAUACUAUCUCUAUUGCGUGUGUUGUAGAGAAAUGGAGAUAUGUGGGGAUAAGAAGAACAGAAGACGAAGGGGCAAAUCACUAUAGAGUCAGUGAUUCUCCAGGUAUAUUUGCUGUGAAUAUUUUAUCAUUGGUAUUUGGAUUCAUUUCUAAUAUUAUUUUAGUGUUACAUUUUGCUAAAAAAUUGAAUUAUUUCACAGCUCAAAUUUUAAAUCUCUUCGGCUGGACUACAGCAGGAUUACUGCUAAUGAUUGACGUUAUCGUUUCCGCAUCUACUGAUUUCCCAGAAAAUUAUCACAAAUCUAUUGGAUUUUGGUACGCAUGUAUUACUUCAGGUCUAUACCUUGGAUGUACACUCACGCUAAGUAUACAUUUUAUUGGAUAUGCCUUAGGUAGAUAUCCGGCAACGUUUAAUUUGCUGCCGAGAGAACGUAGUAUUAUGAUGUUUACUGUCUGGCUAUCCAUUUGGUUGAUUUGGGGUGCGGGUAUGUUUUCAGGUUUGAUUGGAGUCUCUUAUGGUAAUGCGUUAUAUUUUUGUACAGUUUCACUUUUAACCAUUGGACUGGGAGAUAUCCUACCUAAUUCCAUUGCUGCCAAAAUUAUGAUUUUAAUAUUUGCAGUGACUGGGGUUCUUAUAUUAGGUUUGAUUGUUUUUAUGACAAGGUCAAUUAUCCAAAAAUCAGCUGGUCCAAUAUUCUAUUUCCAUAGGGUUGAAAGGAGUAGAUCUAAAUUAUGGUCUAAGAUAAGAGAAGGAGAUUUAAACUUAACAGAAGAAGAAAGUUUUGAAAUGAUGAUGAAGAUCCGUAAAUUGAGUAAGAAAAGACAGCAAUUGUUCUCGCUAAUGAGCACGGUUACCAUAUUUGCUGCUUUCUGGCUACUUGGUGCCCUUGUACUUAUGUUUGCAGAGGGUUGGUCAUAUUUUGAUUGUAUGUAUUUCUGCUUCCUAUGCCUUUUAACGAUCGGUUAUGGGAGUGACUUUGCUCCAAAGACUGCUGCUGGAAGAGCAUUUUUUGUAAUAUGGGCAAUUGGUGCGGUUCCCUUAAUGACAGCCAUUCUAUCUACUGUUGGUGAUAUACUAUAUGAAUUAACGACAACAAUGGAUAAACUACUCGGGGAUAGGUUUGGACAUGGCAUAAAAUAUAUGAUUUUCCAAGGUACUAAUGCAAGGGAUUCACAAUUAGUUACGUCUGGUCACGUUGUAAAUGAAUCAGACGCGGAAGAAGUUGCGUCAGCAAUGGAUGAUGCUAAUAUCAGUGAGGAUCUAGAUGAUCAGGAAGAACUUGCCGCAAAUAAUGAUUCAUAUUAUGGACCUGGACAUUCCGAUGAAGCUCCAAUGACAGCGUCAACUACAACAUCAAGCUUACAAACAGAAGAUUCGGUCGAAAGUGAUGGAUUAGGAGAUUAUAUACAUCCAUUUCAAUCAUUGAUGACAGGUUCCACUUUAUCGUACACCAUGGAACAUCCAGAAAUGCUAAAAUUACAGCGACUAAAGAAAUUAUUGAGGGCAGUGGAGAAAUUACAUAAAGUAUCAAUGGAAGACGGGGAUCAUUUCUUCACUUUUGAUGAGUGGUCUAAGCUAAGAGAGCUCAAUGGGAAAAGCACAUCCAUGGAGGCAAAAAAUUUCUGGCUAUCGGAUGAUACUCCCUUAAAAUAUCCGAUCAAUCAAUCACAUUUUGCUUUUAUUAGUCUAUUCAAGAAGAUUGAAUUCCUUAUCAAGGAUAUUAUAGACGACGAGAAGACUUCUAAAAUAAUAUCCAAUACAAUGAAGGAGGAUGAUAAUUCGUUGGAAGAUUCGUUCACCUCAAAUUUGCUUAACCGUCGUAGAACGGGGUCCAUAUAG